UUGCUUAGAUAUUAUACAUGUUAAGUGUAGAGACUAAAUUCGUUAUACGCUAGCAAGGAGAAAAUUUCUUCUCUAGCGCUAUAUAUAUAUAUAUACAUAUAUAACAUAUAUAUAGAUAACAAUUUAUUACUAACAAUCGAAGAAGAAAUUGUGUGAUAAGUUCUAGCGUGACCAUGAAGGCAUUAUUGCCACUAUUCCAAUCUUUUAAAUUUCGAAUCUGUGAUAAAAAGAACAAUAAUAAGUCAGAAUUUUUUAAAAUCAUUCUCUUCAUAUUUUUGUAAUUUUGGUUAAAGAAAAUUAUUAUCACAAUUUCAUAUAUAAAGUACAUAUAUAUGUCUGAUUGCGGGAAAAUAUAUUUGCAAUAAUCUGUUUGAAACAAUAAAACCAUAAAAGAUGUCAGACGUAAAAGAUGAUAUAAAAAUGACAAAUGUAAAAACGUUAAUAAAUAUUCUAACUUUAAAUUGUUGGGGGAUACCAUAUGUUUCACAAAAUAGGAAUGUUCGUAUGACAGCAAUUGCAGAAAAAUUUGCUACAGAAAAUUAUGAUAUCAUUUGUCUACAAGAGGUAUGGUCUGUUAAAGAUUUCAAAAUGAUAAGAGCUAAGACAGAAGAACAGUUACCUUACUCACAUUAUUUUUACAGUGGAGUUCUUGGAUCUGGAAUUUGUAUCUUAUCUAGAUUUCCUAUUAAAGAUGUAAUAUUUCAUAAAUGGCCUUUAAAUGGAUAUGUACAUAAAAUACACCAUGGAGAUUGGUUUGGUGGAAAAGGUGUUGGACUCUGUAGACUUCAAAUUCAUAAUAUGAACAUUAAUGUUUAUAUUGCACAUUUACAUGCAGAAUACAAUAAUCACAGUAAUGAAUACACAGCACAUAGAGUUCUACAAGCUUUUGAUACUGCCCAAUUUAUUAGAAUGACUUCUGGUGGAGCUGAUUCUGUAAUAUUAGGAGGUGACCUUAAUGCAGAACCUCAAGAUUUAGCUUAUAAAAUCAUUUGUGGCGUUGCUGGUUUGGCAGAUGCUUGCUCAAAUAUUUCAAGUAAUUUAGGGACCAAUGAGUGUGCCAAUAAUAGUUAUACUAGUUCAAAACUUGCAAGAACUUGUCCUGAGGGGAAACGUAUAGAUCAUAUUUUAUAUCAAGGUUCAAAGAAUAUUAAGAUAGAGGUGACAAAUUUUCAACAUCCAUUUCCAAAACGGAUACCUUACAAAGACUUUAGUUAUUCUGAUCAUGAGGCUAUUAUGGCAACUUUUAAAUUUAUUCCUGGUGAAUUUCAAACUAUAAAUGUAGAUGUCAAAGAUUCAAUAAAGGAAGCCAUAAGUAUAUGUGAAACGUCAUUGAAAACAGUUCGUCGGCGGCGAUUUUGGUAUUUAUUGGUAGGCUGUAUAUUAAUUAUACCACUUGUUUGGUCUAUGGGGUUAGACUGUUCCUUUACAUCUCUCGAUGUAACUAUUGGACUUAAUGUAAUACGUAUUUUUUUAACAGCAAUAUUAUGUUAUAUUUUGUUCAUGAGUUCUCUAUGGAAUAGCGUAGAAACAAAUGCUUUAAAAGCAGGAUGUUUAGGAAUGGAAAUUUAUUUGGCAAAUUUAAAUAAUAAUUUAUGUAAAAAAUAAGUUUGUGUACAUUUUACAAGAACAUAGUUCAAAAUUUGAACUUCCUUUUAAAAUUAUUCCAUAAUUUUUCAAAUCAAAAGAAUCAAAUAGUAUCAUUUUUAAUAAGAGUAUAUUUUCUUACUAAAAAAGUGUAAUUCUUAAUGAAUUAUAGCAUUUACAUACAUUAAUAUACUCAGUAUUAUAUUAUUAUGCGACAAUAAUCAAAUUAAAGCAUAAAAACAUAUAAAACAUCUCAUUUUUAUAAAUUGGAUAAAAUGCAUUAACGAUCUUUUAUAUAACUUUGUAAAAUCACAUAAUUUCAAUUCUAUAUAGAUAAUAAAUUAUAAUACUUUUUUAAACUAAA